GCUAAAAAAUCAGUGAACGAAAGUAUAACGCCCAUCUCUUACGGAGGAGCAAAGCAUAAAAUGAACGAUGAAUCUCCUCGUCAAUGCAAUGCACACCCUCCCCUCGCUCUUCCUCCACACAACUUCCUUCCCUUCCUCUCAAUCUUCCUUCCUCCUCAAUUACCCAUUCAAAUCCACCACCAGACUUCCUCCCCGAUGCCAAACCAUUGCAUGCGCCUCCAACGGCGUCGUAUUCUCGGCGGCCUCCGAUAUCGACAUGUUCAAGAACAAGCAUGGCGUGUACGCGCCGAAGCAGAAAAAGGUCGUGGUCCUUUGGGACCUUGAUAACAAACCCCCGCGCGGCCCGCCGUACGAGGCGGCCAUGGCGCUGAAACAGCUGGCCCAACGAUUCGGCGACGUCAUCGACAUGUCGGCCUACGCGAACCGCCACGCGUUCAUCCACAUGCCGCAGUGGGUGGUAGAGGAACGGCGCGAGCGCAAGCAAUUGGACGUGUUGGAGCGCAAGGGCCUGACCGUGCCCUCCCAGCCCUACGUGUGCGGGGUAUGCGGCCGCAAGUGCAAGACCAAUCUCGACCUGAAGAAGCACUUCAAGCAGCUCCACGAGCGGGAGCGCCAGAAGAAACUGAACCGAAUGAGGUCGCUGAAGGGAAAGAAGCGGCAGCGUUACAAGGAGAGGUUCAUAUCCGGAAACGACAAGUACAACGAGGCGGCUAGGUCUUUGAUCGCUCCCAAGGUCGGGUACGGGCUGGCCUCCGAGCUGAGGCGCGCCGGGGUAUUCGUGAAGACGGUGGAGGAUAAGCCUCAGGCGGCGGAUUGGGCGGUGAAGAGGCAAAUGCAGCACUCGAUGAGCCGAGGGGUGGAUUGGUUGUUUCUGGUGUCGGACGACUCGGAUUUCUCGGAGAUGUUGAGGAAGGCGAGGGAGGCGAAUUUGGGGACGGUGGUGGUGGGAGAUUGGGACAGGGCGUUAGGUAGGCACGCGGAUCUUUGGAUGCCCUGGAUUCGUGUGCAGAAUGGGGAGGUGGCGGAGAAGGAUUUGGUGCCCAAGAGUGAAAGGCGGAGGGAGGAGGAGGAUGAGUUGUUUUCGGUUUCUAGUUUGGAUGGGAAUGUGGAUAGUGAGAGCGACUUGUUGGACGGUCUGGUGGAUGAGCUUGUUGCUGCGAGGACCGAGAUUAAUGGUCUGAGGAUUUCAGCUUUUUCUGAAGGGGAAGAGGAGGAAUGGGAUAGUGAGGAGGAGGAAUGGGAUGGUGAGGAGGAUGAUGGAUAUUACUGAUGUAGUAAUGCAUUCUUUUAAGCAACCAGGAUGUUUCGCUUGAAUUUUUGGAGCAAUUACGCUUAGGAAAUGGGAAGAGACUGAAUAUGCAGCUCACUGUUUCCGAGAUGUACAAAGUUGAUAGAUUGGCUUUUCUAGAAAUUACCACAAUGUUCAUCAAAACUCUGAAAGUCGCUUGUAGUGUGGUAUUCAAGUUUGCAGAAUAGUAUUUGUCUGCUCCAGAACAUCCAAUUAUGGCAGGAUGAAGAUGAAUGGAAAAGGAAAAGGGCAAAUUAUGUUUUUUGGUCCUCCAACCUGUAAUAGUGUUUCCAUUUGGUAUUUGUUCUCCCAAUUGUGAUGAUGUUUUUAAUUGUCAUCAUUAUCUCAAUGUCAUCUCUCUGUCCAAGUCUGUCUACAUUGACUUAACAGAAGGUAACCCAUGCUUCCACUCCUCCCAUGGAUUCCCACCCUCACCUCAAUGGGAACACCACAACCCCUAUUGCCCAACUCUCUUCCUCCGCCAAUCUCUUGUUGAAACGCUUGUUGUCACCAAGUGCUCCCUCCUGCACCAAAUUGGACAACAUCCAAACCAACAACACUUGCCCCACCAAUUCAGAGGAAACCACCCAAAUGACCCUUACAUGCAAACCUCGACUCACCCCAUAAAGACUAGCACCACCACGAUUGCCCAAGCACCCCAACUAAUGCUCCUCCCUAGAGCUCCUCUCACAAUCCAAAAGCCUCUUCUACCCCGCAGGAUUGGUGAUCUGUGAUUGACUUGAUAAAUGAGAGGUGAAAUUGGCUUAUUGAUCAUGGGCGGCAGGCUUGUUUAUAUGAAGAUUUAUUGUGGUUUUCAAAGCCCCAGACGCUGAAGUCCCUUUCACACAAUGGAGGGUCCUUCACCUUACGCUUCCUGAGGUCAGGCCUAAUUAUGCACAAUGCUUCUAUACUUUUUGUCUUUUGAUCAAUUAUGAGAUGCAUAGGUCCAAUUGUAGUGGGGCACUAGAAAUAUAAUUUAGAAAUGGAUUAACGAUUAAAUUAUUGAAACCCCCAGAUAGGGGAAUUCACAGCUCCAUUAUCAUGUAUUAUUGUCUUGAUUGUGGAUGCAAAUAGUUGUAUGAAAUAGUUAAAUCUCACAGAAAUAGUUUGUUGACCAACUAUUCUGGGGUUCAUUAAUGGAUGAGGAGGUGAGGACUAUGUUCACUGAAUUUCAGAAAUGACGGUAGCCUCCUGUUAUGACGGUAGAUGUCAAAAACUGUUCAUUAUAGGAAGUCAAAUGAAGGUGUCUUGAAAUGAGAUUAACAGCCUCAAAUUCAAUCCCCUGGUAGAAACAUGGGUCUGAUAUACCAUGGUUGCUGUGCCGUUAAUUAUCAGGAAACCAUUUUAGGUGUCUUCAUGGAGUGGGUAUAACAGUGUGGGUAGAGAGAGCAGUCAGUAGUACAUGGUCGGUCUAUGCUAGUGGAUUUAUCAUUUAUGUGUUUUGAUAUGAUAUAAAUGUGAUGUUUUUUAGUGGGGUCUACGUUUGAGAAAAUGUUAUGUGGGUACAUCUACUUAUUUUUAGUGAACACAAGUUUGAUCCGGGCAGCCGCCUGCGGUCACCCCCAGCCUAUUAUGGAGACCCCACGUCCGCCCGUGGCCUGUUUUGGUAACUGGGGCAGCCAGAACACCCAUCUCUUCCCUUGAAUAUGGCCAGACAACUACUUUUUUGUUUUUUCAAUUUUUUUAUACUUGCAAAAAUUAAGUAUUUGUCUUCUUCUUUAACUGACAAGUAUGUAAUACUAAGAGAAAAGAAGAAAGGUCUAUUUGUUUCGGUGUAAAAUAAUCUUCUAAUUUAUUUAUUUAUUUUUCU